UCUUUUACUUUCAUGCCUUUGCUAUGCUAUUUUUCCUCCAUAUUUCAUACAUUUUACAUGGCCAUGAUUAAUCGGGAAAAAACCUCGAUUAUUAAGUCACUCAUUAAUUAUUUUUUCUACUUUUCAGGUGGCCCUGAAGGUUUUAGUGAGGUUGUCUGGGAUGUAGCUAGACGUCAUAACGAUAAACAUAUAACAUUCACGUACAACAGCUUUGAUGGAGAGGAAGGUUUUCCUGGUGAUGUUUCUGUGUCUGUGACAUACAUGAUAGUUCAAGCAAACAAGAUAGCUGUGAGAAUGUGGGCUAAGCCUCUAAACAAGCCUACCCCAGUGAACUUGGCACUGCAUGCUUACUGGAAUCUUGGUAGACACAACAGUGGUGACAUCUUGUCUCAUACCAUCCAGCUUUUUGGAUCUGAAGUUACUCCUGUGGAUGAAGAACUCAUUCCGACCGGAGAAAUUGUCAACGUCAAGGAUACACCUUAUGAUUCCCUCCAAGCCAGGGAGAUCGGGAGCAUGUUCAAUCAAUUGCCUGAUGGAUAUGACAUCAACUAUGUGUUAGAUGACUUGAAUCCUGGACACUUUAUGAAGGUUGCUGUUGUGCAAGAAAGUGUGUCUGGGAGGAAGUUGGAGCUAUGGACCAAUCAGCCUGGAGUGCAGUUUUAUACAAGUAACAUGCUUGACAAUGUCAAGGGGAAAGGUGGAUGCGUUUAUGCUAAGCAUGCUGGUAUUUGCUUAGAGACUCAAGUAUUUCCUGACGCGGUCAAUCACCCCUAUUUCCCUUCUCAGAUUGUUGAUCCUGGAAAGAUUUAUCAGAACAUCAUGAUUUAUAGGUUCCCUGCUCACCAGAGUUUUUCAGGCUAUCCUGCUAGGUUCCCUGGAUUUGGUUAUUUUCCAGAUUUGAAAUAUGAUUUUGAUAUUUUACAUCUUGAUGACUCUCUAAAUUAG